CGCACGGAUCUCGCGCGAGUUUGCCAGGUUUGGCUGCUUCUCCUCACAUCUCCGCCUGCAACAUCCAUCAAAUUCCUGCACCGUGACUAAUGUCAAUCCGAGAUACACCAGUCACUAAGCCAGAUGCUUUGCCCAUUGCUGGCAUGUCAUCCGCGUAUAACAUUGCUUCUGCUUUGAUGCCUUAUUAUUUAUCCCAAACGGUCCAUUUUUGCUCAUGAUAAGACCUCCGCUUCCCCCUGCGCUCUCCAUGUUGGAGCUCUUCGGCAUUGAUUCCUUCCCACUAUGGCUGAGGCCAGCUUCAAACAGAUGAUUGCCACGUUUUUGCGCCAAACGAGACCAGUGUCCUUUCGCCACUCAAAACCUCCUCGGUAUCCUCAGCGCCCAUUGACCACCGCUGCAAACACCCAACCUCCGCGGCGGGCGGCAGUGGACUCCCGAUGGGAGGCACACACAAUUCAGACUCAGAGUCCUGGCGAGCCUCAGAGUGAGCGGCCGCGACUCGAAAGCCUGCGAAACGAGGCCGAACCGCGACCUUUCUCUUCGUUCUUGACCGACAACUACUCCAGACAGCAUAACUACCUGCGUAUAUCAGUCACUGAACGAUGCAAUUUACGAUGCCUUUAUUGCAUGCCCGAGGAGGGUGUCCCGCUUUCUCCUUCGGCGCACUUACUCACCACCCCCGAGAUUGUGUAUCUCUCCGAAUUGUUCGUCAAUCAAGGCGUUGACAAGAUUCGCUUAACAGGGGGCGAGCCUACGGUCCGGAAAGAUAUUGUGGAUCUUAUGCAUCAGAUCGGAAAACUGAGGAGUAAUGGCCUCAAAGAAUUGUGCAUUACAACAAAUGGCAUAUCAUUACAUCGAAAGCUCGACUCCAUGGUUGAGUCCGGGUUGACUGGUGUCAACUUGAGCUUGGAUACACUCGAUCCUUACCAGUUCACCAUUAUGACGCGGAGGAAUGGGCACGAUGCAGUCAUGAAAUCCAUUAAUCGAAUCCUUGAGAUGAACACAUUGGGGGCAGCCAUAAAACUCAAGAUAAACUGUGUGGUAAUGCGGGGCCUGAAUGAACGGGAGAUACUACCAUUUGUGGAACUUGGCAGGAACCAAGAUCUCGAGGUCCGAUUUAUUGAAUAUAUGCCAUUUGACGGGAACAAAUGGUCGGAGAAGAAGAUGUUAGGCUUUAGGGAGAUGUUGGCCCUCAUUCGCCAGAAGUACCCCGAUGUUCAAAAGGUACAAGAUCACAAAAACGACACGAGCAAGACAUACAAAGUCCCAGGUUUCGCUGGUCGAAUCGGGUUCAUCACCUCGAUGACGCACAACUUUUGUGGUACUUGUAAUCGACUUCGAAUCACUUCAGAUGGCAAUCUCAAGGUUUGCCUUUUUGGAAACGCCGAAGUCUCCCUCCGUGACAUUCUACGCGAGUCCAACGACGGCAAACCCAUUGACGCCGAAGCCAUGGAAGCUGUUCGAGAGCUCGAGAUGGAUCGCCGCCAGCGGUUUUCCGGGGCUGAGGAGCUGGGCAUGUCCGAAAAGGAAGCAAAGUUGCUCGAUGUCAUAGGCAUGGCGGUGAAGCGCAAGAAGGAAAAGCAUGCUGGUAUUGGCGAGCUGGAGAAUAUGAAAAACAGGCCAAUGAUUCUUAUCGAUGAUGACGCUGCUCUCAAACCAUCUUUGCCAGCUUCGCCGCCUCGGCCAUUCCUCCCCAGGUACGCUACUAACUCCAUGACUGCCGUUCACCAGUCUUCGCUACCGCUACAUCUGCUACAACAACCUACACCUUCUCCAUCGUGGUCUCAAGUUCGCUGCUUUUCCUCGCUCUUUUCGACGAAACCCACUGGGUUCAGGAAGUUCAGUAACUCAACCUCGCUGGCCAGAUUGAGACAUAAGCCCUUCCGCUAUGUUCAUGGCCAGUCUUUGUAUCGACGUGUUCCAACCAAGGAGCCAGAAAACAUUCCGGCAAACUCCUUUCGCACCUGGGAUGAAAGUCGACAACGAUCCUUACGAGGCAGGGCUUCAAGAGCAAGGUCUCAAGUGCAGUCGUACGGUCAAUAUCUGAUCCGAGAUAUCAUGAAGCGGGUGUACCACCACCAGAGUCCUCGCGAUGAACGCAGUAAUAGUAGCUCGCCAGGUUGGAGGACAGAAAACGAGCCAUCGAAAAAGUCUUCUGAAGCCGAACAAGAGGCUCCCGAGACAAUAGCAAACGCGGACGUGACCCUCACUCACCUCACUGCCGAUGGCGAAGCGCACAUGGUGUCUAUCGCCAACAAGAAACCGACUUCUCGCUCUGCGACGGCAACUACUCUGUUGCUGUUCUCCCACUAUGGGACUUACGGGGUGUUGUUCGCGUCGCGGCUGCGAAAAGGGGACGCACUGGCCGUGGCGCGCAUAGCGGGCAUCCAGGCCGCGAAGAAGACGUCUGACCUCAUCCCGCUUGCCCAUCCGGGCCUCAACAUCACAGGCGCCACAGUCCGCUUGGAGCCGUUCAUGGCGGACAAGCUGCCCUACCCGCUGUCAGAGGGGAAAGGCGAUUUGGGCAUUCCCAGCGACAUGGACAGACUCCACGGCGGCGUCCUGAUCACGGCCACGGUAGCGUGCGAAGGGAAGACCGGGGUCGAAAUGGAAGCCAUCACGGCGGCAUCCGUGGCGGGCCUGACCAUGUACGACAUGCUCAAGGGCGUGGACAAGGAAAUGGUCCUGACCGCGACGCGAGUCACGGCCAAGAGCGGCGGCAAAUCCGGCGACUGGGAAUGGGACUAUCAACUCGGCGAGCGCGUCUUCGUCGAUGCUUCCCGAGAGAAGGGGAGCAGCGGCAGCCCAAAUGACGGGACGGUGAAGGAACAGGCGGACCAGGGUGUGGCGGAGCAGGACCAACUCCUGAAGCUACAGAGGAUACAGCGAACCAUCAGCCAGAGACGCGAAGAGGGAUCCACCAGGGGACAGAUUUCCGCCGAAGACCUGGCCGACUCGAGAACCCGGAGGCUGAGGAGACUGCACGCUGCGAGAAAAGUCCACAGCAGGGCUCCGGCCAGUGGCGAAGAGCAGUCUACAGACAAGGACAAGGACAAGGACGGCGCUUGAGGAGCACGCCAGAGAGAGAAUGAAAAGUUAAGGCCGAGUGACAAUUGAGAGGAGAUCAGAACAGAUGCUCAGUCUGUAUGCCCGUGCAUAUACCCUCCCCCCUCUCUCUCUUUCGCGGGUGCAGCCUGCCAGGAAGGACGAGUUGAGAAAAGCCAUGCUCUCUGUUUCCUGUACAUUUACGCUGAGAGGCACUGCCCAAGUAAUUCGAAGUGAAGCACACGUUGUGAUGGCCCAACAACGAGGGCGUUUUCCCUGAUUAUUUCGCAAUCUAUAUCUUCUCACUUCCGAACGGAAGUUACCUCUAAUUCGUACAUUACAAAUCCGCAAAUGAAAUCCAG